AUGAAGACCACCUCUACCGUCAUUGCCUAUGUGGCGUUGCUUUCUGGUGUACUUGCGAUAGACUUUAGUGGUUACUCUCCUCAAAAAGGAGUUCAGGCCGAAUUCGAGCCAUUCCUCAAAGCACUCGUAACGGCUGCCGAAGAUCCAGCUGCAACGACUGAAUACACAGAUUACUUCACCAAAGAUGGCAUGCAGACCACCCUAACCAUCCACUGUGUAGGAGCCGCAGCAAUCACAAAAUGCAAGAACGGAUUUUUGCCCACCGACGGCAGCAAGAAGUACAAAACUCGUUACACCGUGCUCAAGACUACGGAAGGCGAGAACGAGCCGCCGAAUUUGACGCCUAAGCCACAAGGCCAAGUGUACUGGUACCACGAUUACGUCGUAAUCCCAACCAAUGUUCCUAGCAGCAUCCCAUGCGAUAGCGAGAAGAGCAGUACAGCAAAGCGAGAUCUUCCUCGGUUUGUACCCUCUCCUCUCCCUGCGUUGCUGCCUUCGCAACAAAGGAGCAAGCUCGCACAUGCUUUCUGCAAUAUCCUUUCGCCUGAACAGAAGCGCGAAGCCAUGGUCACGAACGGCAGCAGACGCGUUCAUGUGCGAGUACCCGAUCCUAACCUCAAGGGUCUGCAGCGAUAG